GUUCCGUAUUACAUUCAGUUUUACCGUUUCGCCAGCAUGUCUGUUCAGUCGCUUGUAACGAAGAAGCGAAAGGAGUUUAUAGGUCUUCCGGCCCCUCUCGGGUAUGCUGCUGGUAUCGGCCGUGGUGCUAUUGCCUUUACAACCCGAUCGGAUAUUGGGCCUGCCCGUGAAGCUAAUGAUGUGUCUGAUGAAAGACAUGUGGCUCCGUCAAAACGUCGCAAGGAACAGGAACAAGAAGAAGAAGAGGAUUUGAAUGAAUCUAACUAUGACGAAUUCACUGGUUAUGGCGGAAGUUUGUGUUCAAAAGACCCAUACGAAAAGGAUGAUCAGGAGGCCGAUGCGAUCUACGCUUCAAUCGAUGAUCGCAUGGAUGAACGCAGGAAGGAAUAUCGUGAGAAACGCUUUCGCGAAGAGAUUGAGCGUUAUCGCCGGGAGCGACCCAAAAUACAACAGCAAUUCAUGGACCUCAAACGGGAUUUGGCGAAUGUGUCCGAGAGCGAAUGGAACAGUAUUCCCGAGGUGGGAGACGCUAGAAAUCGGAAACAGCGAAAUCCAAGAUACGAACGAUUUACUCCAGUACCAGACAGCAUACUUGCCAAAGGGGUAGCAGAGGGCCAGACAGCAACGGCGGUCAGUGCCAUGGAACAGCAAUUGGGUGGGCUGACAACUCCAUUCACUACCCAAGGGCAUCAGACAGACAUAGACAUGAAGAAGAUUGGAGAGGCUCGUACUUCUCUGAUGGACAUCAAACUAACACAGGUUUCCGAUAGCGUCUCUGGUCAAACAGUGGUUGACCCUAAAGGCUACUUGACCGAUCUUCAGUCCAUGAUUCCACAACACGGUGGAGAUAUCAAUGACAUGAAAAAGGCUCGCCUGCUGCUAAAAUCGGUUCGAGAAACAAAUCCCAAACAUCCUCCAGCGUGGAUCGCAUCUGCUCGCCUGGAGGAAGUUGCCGGAAAACUGCAGGUUGCGCGCAAUUUAAUUCUGAAUGGUUGUGAAGAAUGUCCGAAGUCAGAAGAUAUUUGGCUGGAGGCCGCACGCCUGGUACAGCCAGAACAGGCCAAAUCCGUUGUGGCCCAAGGAAUUCGUAACCUCCCUACUUCGGUUCGGCUUUGGGUCAAAGCUGCGGCCCUAGAGACAGAGGCUAAAGCGAAGAAGAUAGUAUUCAAAAAAGCUCUAGAACAAGUGCCAAACUCAGUGCGUCUCUGGAAGCUGGCAGUCGAGUUGGAAGACGAAGAGGAUGCACGUGUUAUGCUCAGCCUUGCUGUCGAGUGUUGCCCAACUUCCGUGGAAUUGUGGCUGGCGUUGGCUCGCUUGGAAACCUAUGAGCAAGCCCGAGUCGUUCUCAACAAGGCUCGAGAAAGCAUUCCGACCGAUCGGCAAAUCUGGUUUGCAGCUGCUCGUUUGGAAGAAGCCCAAGGCAACCAGCCGAUGGUACCGAAGAUUAUUGAUCGUGGUGUUGCAUCCUUGCAGGCCAACAUGGUAGAAAUCAACCGUGACCAGUGGAUCAAAGAUGCAGAGGAAUGUGAGGCUGCGAAAAGCGUGCUUACAGCGCAGGCAAUCAUAAAAUCAAUAAUAGGUUUCGGGCUUGAAGAACAAGAUAAAAAACAUACCUGGUUGUCUGACGCUGAGAACUGCGCUACGAACGGAGCAAUCGAAUGCGCUCGGGCCAUCUACGCUGUUGCGUUGGCUCACUUUCCUACAAAGAAAAGCAUAUGGCUUCGAGCUGCCUACUUUGAACGAAGUCACGGCACUCGUGAUACACUCGAAGAGUUGUUACGUCAAGCUGUGGCCCACUGCCCUCAGGCUGAAGUACUGUGGUUGAUGGCAGCGAAAACCCGUUGGUUGGCUGGUGACGUUCCUUCGGCCCGUUCUAUCUUGGCUCGUGCUUUCGAAGCCAACCCAAAUUCUGAAGAAAUUUGGUUGGCUGCCGUGAAACUGGAAUCAGAAAACAAUGAGUACGCUCGAGCUCGACGACUGCUCGCCAAGGCUCGUGAUUCAGCUUCCACAGCGCGGGUGUGGAUGAAAUCGGCUCGACUUGAGUGGUGUCUCGGCGAACUGAAGGAGGCCCUACAAAUGUUGGAACGGGCCACCAAGAUCUAUCAACAUGCGCCAAAGUUGUGGCUAAUGCUUGGACAACUACUUGAGGAGCUUUCAAAUAGGGAGCACAUGUCCCCAGAUGAAGCUUCAGAGUACAAAGAACGCGCUCGCGAGGCCUACCGUAGCGGACUCCAACACACUCCAGACCAUACAGUUCUUUGGCUUCAAAUGGCGGAAUUCGAGGAGCGAAAUGGUAGCAUUACGAAGGCGCGAUCCAUUUUGGAAAGGGCCCGAACACAAAACCCUAAAAUUGCCGAGCUUUGGCUUGGUGCUAUCCGUUUGGAGCUCCGGGCGAACUUGAAACCAGUCGCCGAUUCACUGCUGUCAAAGGCACUCCAGGAAUGUCCGAAUGCCGGAUGUCUGUGGGCCGAAGCAAUUUUCAUGACACCGCGAGCCCAGCGGAAGAGUAAAUCGGUAGAUGCUUUGAAAAAGUGUGAACAUGAUCCUCUUGUGCUUUUGGCCGUGUCUAAGAUGUUCUGGAACGAACGACUCGUGUCCAAGGCCCGCAAUUGGUUCACUCGAACCGUGAAGUUGGAACCUGACCUCGGUGACGCUUGGGCAUAUUUCUAUAAAUUUGAACUGCAGCAUGGAACUGAAGAUCAACAGAAAGAGGUUCUUCGGCGCUGUGUCAGUGCAGAACCGCAUCAUGGGGAAGCCUGGUGUCGCAUUGCCAAGGCGCCUUGCAACUGGCGCCUAAAGACAAAAGAAGUAUUGGCCCGAGUGGCAGAAGCGGUCGCCUUACCAAUCUAGUUGUGACCAUUCAGAAUUGUUGUACACCUUUCCAACUGUAAACUACACACCCCGUUACAUACUUUCUUUUACAUGCUUGACUUCUCUUUGAAAGGUUGGACCAAC